CGCGUCAAGCGCCACAGUUGCCGCGGCCGGGGCGCCAUGGUUGGUAGCAGCUUUGCGCUGCCGUGGCCCGUGGCGACGCGGAAGGAAAACGCCCCUCCUCUGCGGCUGCCGAUGCUCGCCGGGCCCUAUGCCACCGUCGCCGUUGCCCUCGCCUUGCUGCUGUUGCCGGCGCCGUCGCCGGCCGCCGCCGAGGAGACCCCGCCUCCUGACUGCGACGCCAGCUCAGCCUACGCGCCCAACAGCACGUUCCAGGCGAACCUGAACCUCCUCGCCGCGGCGCUCCCCGCCAACGCCUCCGCCUCGCCGGCGGGCUUCGCGACCUUCGCCGCCGGCGCGGCGCCCGACCAGGCCAACGGGCUGGCGCUCUGCCGCGGCGACGCCAACGCCUCCACCUGCGCCGCCUGCGUCGCGGCGGCGUUCCGGGACGCGCAGCAGGCCUGCCCGCUGGACAAGGGCGUCACCGUCUACCGGGACGCCUGCGUCCUCCGCUUCGCCGGCAGGCAGUUCCUGGACUUCCUCAGAGAGGACCAGUGGCUCAUCUCGGAACUGGUUCCUGCGAUCUUGACGGACUCAGCGAGGAGCGUCAACGCUUCGGAUGCCUGGUUCAACGCCGCCGUCACGGGGACCCUCACGGCUCUGGUCGACCGCGCGGCGGCGGCAACCAACGCGACGAGGAAGUACUUCGCCACGGGGGAGAUGGACUUUCACCCCAAGCUCUACGGGCUCGCACAGUGCGCGCCAGAUCUGACGCCGGCGCAGUGCCAGGGCUGCCUCAGGAACCUCCAGAAGGUAGUGGUGUCUGCGCGGUUCCUCAGCGGGCGGCCCCCCUCCAACAGCGCUUUCGUGGUGUGGUGCUCCCUGAGAUACAGCGUCUCCCCUAUCUACGACGGCCGGGCGAUGCUGCAGCUUGCCGCGCCGCCGGAACCACCACCAUCGGCCACGCUCACGCCCCCUUCUUCAGGGAGGAAAAGGAGUGCAGCCGGAAUCUCUGCAGGCAUCGCCUGUUUCGUUGUGUUGAUGUUGAUUCUCUUAGUAUUUUUCUUCCGCCGGUUCAGGCGAAGGAUUAAGGCAGCGGAGAACGGCGAACACUCACUGAAGAAGAUAGGGAGAGCUCAGUGCACGAUCUUUGAUUUGCCAACAUUGCAAGAGGCGACUGAACACUUCUCAGAGAAGAAUAAGCUUGGAGCAGGUGGUUUUGGUACUGUGUACAAGGGGAUACUCUCUGACGGGCAAGAGAUAGCAGUCAAGAAACUUUUAGAAAGAGCUGGAUCUGGAUUGGAUCAGCUUCACAAUGAGAUGCGGGUACUGGCAGAGCUUCAGCACAAGAAUCUUGUUGGGCUACAGGGGUUUUGCUCGCAUCAGAAUGAUACACUGCUAGUUUAUGAAUACAUCAAGAACGGGAGCCUUGACAACAUUCUAUUUGAUGAUAGCAAGGGAAAUGCACUUAACUGGGAGCAACAGUACAACAUCAUCCAUGGAAUUGCCAAGGGGAUAUUGUAUCUGCAUGAGGACUCCAGCAUGAGGAUCAUCCACCGGGAUCUAAAGUCAAGUAACAUUCUUCUUGACGACAACAUGGAACCAAAAAUUGCAGAUUUUGGGUUGGCAAGGCUUCUAGGAGAAGGCCACACCCAUUCUCGGACAACCAGAGUUGUUGGGACAUUUGGCUAUAUGGCGCCAGAGUAUGCAUGGAGUGGUAGCGUGUCGCCCAAGAUCGACAUCUUCAGCUUUGGCGUGUUGAUCCUUGAGAUUGUAACCAGGAGAAGCAAUUGCAGUUCUGACGACCACAGUACUGUGAAUCUCCUUACUGAUGUCUGGGAUCACUGGACAAAACGGACAGUGUCGCAAAUGCUUCACCCGUCGCUGGACGAGUUUGCUCGAACCCAGGCGCUGCGAUGCAUCCACAUCGGUCUGCUGUGUGUUCAGCCAGAGCCGGACAACAGGCCUGACAUAUCAGCCGUGGUGUUCAUGUUAACUAGGGAUAGCAUGGAGCUUCAGCCGCCCUCUCAGCCUGCAUUCUUCUUUGGGAGAGAAUCACCUUCAGCCUCACGGUCAGAUGGUCAAAGAAGCUACGUAUAUGACCGGUCUGGUUUCAUAUUGGAACAGGGCAUCUCAGUGAAUGAGGUUACACUUUCUGAACUCUAUCCUCGAUAGGAUCAAAAUUUGUGAAUACUGAGCACAUAGAAUGCAGCUAAAACUCAAACCACUUUUUGAUUAAACUAUGAACUCUCUGAGUGCCUGAAUUCCCAAGAAAAUAUGUUUUUUUUCAUAGACUGUACUAGGAAAAAUAAGUCAACCAUUUGUGGGUAAAACCUCCACAAAGUUUGUUCUCAAGGAUUGAUCACAAAUUAAAGUUUGAUGUGUUUCGCCAUGUUCUA